CACUCUGUCAGCUUUUCGUGGUCAUGGCUGACUGGACUGACUGUCUGAACUUUGGGAUCUCUGUGGCUAGAGAGGCUGGAAAGGUGGUUCUGGCAGCUCUGCAGCAGCAGAAGGAGGUGGACCUGAAGAGUUCUCCGGCGGAUCUUGUGACCGAGACCGACCAGAGAGUUGAGAAGAUUCUGAUCUCAGAAAUCAGGAAAAAGUUUCCUCAACACAGGUUCAUUGGAGAAGAGUCUGUGGCAGCAGGUGAGCGUGUGCAGCUGACCAACAGUCCUACCUGGAUCAUUGACCCCAUCGACGGGACUGUAAACUUCGUUCACAGGUUUCCAUUCGUGGCUGUCUCUAUAGCCUUCUCUGUCAACAAGCAGACGGAGUUCGGGAUCGUCUACAGCUGUGUGGAGGACAAACUGUUCCACGCUCAGAGAGGACGAGGAGCUUUCCUAAAUGGAGAACCACUGCACGCCUCUGGACAGGAAGACAUCAACAGGUGUGUGGUGGUGACGGAGAUUGGGGCGGAGCGUGAUGAACUCUCCUUGUCCACCAUGACUUCCAACAUCUUCAGGCUGCUGAAGCUUCCUGUACAUGGGGUUCGUGCACUCGGCACCGCGGCCGUCGACAUGUGUCAGGUAGCAACAGGUGGAGCAGAUGCGUACUACCACAUCGGGAUGCACUGCUGGGACAUCGCUGCCUCCGCCAUUAUCGUGCAGGAAGCCGGAGGCGUCGUUAUGGAUACCGAUGGCUCUGGCUUUGACAUGAUGUCUAGGAGGGUCAUCGCUGCCAGCUCCUGGGCUGUGGCCAACCACAUUGCUCAGGUGGUUCAGGCCUUUCCGUGUUGCCGUGACGACGACGACACUUACAAAUGUACCUAUGGAGCUGCAGGUGUGAAUGGACUAUAGGUCAGUUGACAGGAAGUUGUUUGUGAAGAUUUCAACACAAUAAAAUCUGGAAAACG